GGUCCCGGGUUCAAAUCCCGGACGAGCCCAUUCGUCAAUAUUUUUGCAAAUUCAUUUUGUGAUUACAUGCCAAGUACCUAAAAUACGAUAAUAUUUAUAGAGAAUUGUGUAAUUAAGAGUGGAAUGCCAUUGAUAUGCCCAUAUUUUGUUUCAAAAAAAUUUAUCAAACUAUUUUACCAACUGUUGCAUCAAAAUUUAUAUAUGUAGUUGUCAGUGUAUUCAGUUUAUUGUUGUAAACGCCAAGGUAAACGUCAUGGCAACUGGUUGGAGUGAUUCAAAAAAGCAUUCUGACAGAGAAAGGUGGGUUUGCAUUUAUCCAAUAUAUUUAAAUAGUAAGAGAACACGUGCUCAAGGACGAAAAUUAAUAAAAUCAAAAUGCGUGGAGAAUCCAACUCACCAAGAAAUUCGUGACGUUUUAAUAGCAGCAGGUUUGAAGGUUGGUGUAGAAAAUAAACUUCAUCCUAAAGAACGCAGUAAGGAAUUACUUUUUCGUGGACGAAUUCGGGUGCAAUUAAAAAAUGAUGAUGGAACUCCGUGUCAUCCUGAUUUUCCCACAAGAGAUUCGCUGCUUUUGCAUUUAGGAACUACUAUUCCAAAUCUCAAAACAAGGCAGGGUAAACAAAACUUCAACGAACAACAGUCUUCUCAACAAAGUACUACCUCGACGAAAAAAGGCAAAGGAAAAGGAAGAAGAUAAUUAUGAUUAAUAAGACUAUGUAUUUAAUUAUUAAUUAUUGAUAAUCUGCUACUUUCAUUCUAUUGCCAUUGUUAGGUUGGAGAGAAGUGUUUUGUUUUAAAUUUAUUUGUUUGGGAAAAAAAUGUCGUUCUUUUUUUUGAUGAAGAAUAAGCACAUUCACAAAAGAUAAGUUUAAUUUUUUAUAGGUAGAUCAAUAAUUUCUUUCCAA